CCCUGUUUUGUGGCAGAAGGACUGUGUGCCUCUAAUCUUUGUCGUUCUUUCUCCCCUACCUCUCUACAACCCUUCUCCGAGGGAGGAAUAGCUUAUAGCUUUGGGGAUAAUAUAGCUUUAAGGAAAUUUUUGGCAGAUGCGGAUGUCCUCACAUCUGGGCAGUGUUAACAGAAUCCCGGAGGCCUGGACAGACCAAGAGCCACUCGUUCUAGGAAUGUUAAAUAGAAGUUUUUCCGACUGAUGUGAGGAGCAGAGAGGAAGGAGAAAAAGAAGGAGAAAGAAAGAGAGCACAAAACAUAUAAAACAGAUUCUGCAUUUCUGCUACUUCUCACUUUUGGAAGUUCACUGAUGGCUGAUUUCUGAAAGAUAUUUUCCUUUUCCUUGGUACUUCUGGCCACAUAUACCCAUUUCUUAUCUCCCUAACCUCCCCUCAUCCCAACUCCUUUCAAAGAUGGCUGGUCAACUAACCCAAAGAGGAGCUCUAUCUCUCCUGCUCUUCCUCACUCCAGCAGUGACUUCAACAUGGUACGCAGGUUCAGGCUACUACCCAGAUGAAAGCUACAAUGAAGUAUAUGCUGAAGAGGUCCCACGGGCCCCUGCCCUAGACUACCGAGUCCCCCGGUGGUGUUAUACAUUGAAUAUCCAGGAUGGAGAAGCCACAUGCUACUCUCCAAGGGGAGGAAAUUAUCACAGCAGCCUGGGAACUCGUUGUGAGCUCUCCUGCGACCGGGGCUUUCGACUGAUCGGACGAAGGUCGGUGCAAUGCCUGCCAAGCCGCCGUUGGUCUGGAACUGCCUACUGCAGGCAGAUGAGAUGCCACGUGCUGCCAUUCAUCACUAGUGGCACUUAUACCUGCACAAAUGGGGUGCUUCUUGACUCCCGCUGUGACUACAGCUGUGCCAGUGGCUACCACUUGGAAGGUGAUCGCAGCCGAAUCUGCAUGGAAGAUGGGCGAUGGAGUGGAGGCGAUCCCGUAUGUGUAGACCUAGAUCCCCCCAAGAUCCGUUGUCCCCACUCACGGGAGAAGAUGGCAGAGCCAGAGAAACUGACAGCUCGGGUAUAUUGGGACCCACCCUUGGUGAAAGAUUCUGCUGAUGGUACCAUCACCAGGGUGACACUUCGGGGCCCUGAGCCUGGCUCUCACUUUCCCGAAGGAGAGCAUGUGAUUCGAUAUACUGCCUACGAUCGAGCCUAUAACCGAGCCAGCUGCAAGUUCAUUGUGAAAGUACAAGUGAGACGCUGCCCAACUCUAAAACCACCACAGCAUGGCUACCUCACCUGCACCUCGGCAGGGGACAACUAUGGUGCCACCUGUGAAUAUCACUGUGAUGGAGGUUAUGAACGCCAAGGAACCCCCUCCCGGGUCUGCCAGUCCAGCCGCCAGUGGUCAGGAUCACCACCCAUCUGUGCCCCUAUGAAGAUUAAUGUCAAUGUCAACUCUGCUGCUGGCCUUCUGGAUCAGUUCUAUGAGAAACAGCGACUCCUCAUCAUCUCAGCUCCUGAUCCUUCCAACCGAUAUUAUAAAAUGCAGAUCUCAAUGCUGCAGCAAUCCACCUGUGGACUGGACCAGCGCCAUGUGACCAUCAUUGAACUGGUGGGGCGGCCACCUCAGGAGGUGGGGCGCAUCCGGGAGCAACAGCUGUCAGCCAACAUCAUCGAGGAGCUCAGGCAAUUUCAGCGCCUCACUCCCUCCUACUUCAACAUGGUAUUGAUUGACAAGCAGGGAAUUGACCGGGAACGCUACAUGGAACCUGUCACCCCCGAAGAAAUCUUCACAUUCAUUGAUGACUACCUACUGAGCAACAAGGAGCUGAUCCAGCGCCAGGAGCAAAGGGACAUGUGCGAGUGAACUUGAGCCAGGGCACAGAUGGAGGUCAAGAGAAAACUCUCCUAGUUGGCCAAAACUGGGUCCUGAUAAAAGGCAGAGAUGGUUCCCCACGGUUCUAGGUAUAGGACUCUGAGGUGGGUGAGAUUCACCAAUUCUGGGACAUUCCCAGGGCCCUUUGUGGGGCUGUGUAAUAGUUUCCCUAAGCAAGUCUCUGCUUUAAGUAGCACUGGAGGAGCAUACGAAGCUAGGCAGGGACUGAGGACAGGUCCUGGGCAAUGGGCUGGGGGUGAAAGUCUUCUUUUCGCAAUCUGGUCCCCUGCGCUACUCUCCAAAGUCUUCCAAGAUAAGUAAAUUCUCAAUUCAUACACCAA